ACAACGCGGAAGUUGCCUAACUAAAACACGUUGACCCAAGUUGUCAAUCAAACUGCUGCAAACCUUACAACAGCCUCAGUCUCUCAUGAAUCUCUGAAUCCGGGUUUUUAUGUCCGGGGCUCGUUGUUGUGCAUGAUUUCAGCCCGCAGCAGGAAAUGCAGUUUUUUAAUCUGCCAGAUCUCAGUCAGGAAGGAAGCAUUUGUACUGCAAAACCUGCAGACCUGAGCUAAGCCAUUUUAAUUUUUUUUCUUAUUAAACUGCCUUUUUUGGAAAUGAAAACGACGUUGUUGUUGUUGUUGUUGUUGUUGCACGUCAGCUGGUGCUGCUGGUUGGUCGGUGCCACACUUUCAAAGACGGACGCAAAGAAGUCACAUAAAGCUGAAUCUGAGACUUCUCAAGCAGAGUUGUCAGUGGUGGAGAGAGGUCUUGUGGUGUCAGACCUUAACUGGAAAGACAUAGUGAAGGAGGAAAAGAGACACAAUGUUCAUAUAAAGAAAACCUUUCAAGGACCAGUGCUUGGAUAUGUCACACCUUGGAAUUCACAUGGCUAUGACGUCACCAAGAUUUUUGGCUCCAAACUCACUUCAGUGUCUCCGGUGUGGCUUCAGCUUCGCCGCAGAGGACCUGAAACCUUCGAUGUUACGGGACUCCAUGACCAUGACCCAGGCUGGGUCAAAGCUGUGCGCAAAUCGAACAAAAGAGUCAGAAUGGUACCUCGGCUGUUAUUUGAUGGCUGGUCCUAUCAGGAUUACAUGACCGUGUUGGGGAGUGAAGAUGAGAUUGAGGAGCUGGGAAGUGAGCUGGUGGAUGUUGCAAAGACUGAAGGUUUUGAUGGUUUCACCUUGGAGCUCUGGAGCCAGCUGGGUGGCAACAAAAGGAAGGAGCUGGUGCAUUUGGUGAAACACGUAUGUGAAACUUUGAAGGCCAAAAAAUUAGACUGCAUUCUUGUUAUUCCGCCGGCUGUGACAAGUACGGGGCAGCCAGGUAUGUUUGGCAGGGAGGAGUUUGAACAGCUGGCCCCAGUCGUCGAUGGAUUAAGCCUCAUGACGUACGACUACUCCAGCGGUACCAGUCCGGGCCCGAGCGCUCCCCUGUCCUGGGUGAGAGACUGUGUUCUCCAGCUUGCGCCUAACACUCAGUGGAGACAUAAGAUCCUGCUUGGACUCAACUUGUACGGCCUUGAUUUUGCAAGCUCGGGCACAGAGCCUAUCUUAGGGGGAAGAUACAUCGAAAUUUUGCGGGAAAACAGACCAAAACUUCUCUGGGAUGAAUUUUCUGCAGAGCAUCAUUUCAGUUACAAGAGGAACAAUGCUGUUAAGCAUGUGGUGUACUAUCCAUCUUUGAAGUCCAUCUACCUGAGGAUCUCUUUAGCCUCUGAACUGGGUACUGGAAUUUCCUUAUGGGAGUUAGGACAAGGACUGGAUUACUUCUAUGAUCUCCUAUGAGAGCUGGACUUGUUUAGGAAGACUGUGGACCUUCAGUCAUCAGCACAUUGAUGGAUUUUCUUUUUCCUGAUCACGGUGCGCCAAAAAUUCAUAUGCUGUGUGGAAGUACUCAUUUUCUCUUUAUUUUAUUUUGGAGUGACUGACAUGAACUCUGAAACGAGCCAGUUUAGUUAAUACUCAACUUGUCUGAGGGUCAUGAGAGGGGGGUGUUGAGAAAUCGUGUUUACAGGAGUGGAAUUUGGGGUUUGUUGAUUUAAAAUAUUUUGGCAGGGAACAAUAGGUACUUCAGUUUGUUUUAUUCAUUUUCAAUAUUGAUAUUGUGGGGGAAAAAAAAUUCAACAUGUACAGUUCAGUCAGAGUGCAGUAACACACCUCCAUUCAACAGCAGACGGUGCAUGUUCAUCAAUAUGUAUUAAAGGUUCAAUGAAGGAUGUAUUAUGGUGAGUUCAUGUCAUAUCUGCAGCCUCUGUUCAGUCCAAAUCCAGAAUCUUCUGCUGUUUUGCCAACAAACAUUUCAGCUCUUGGAUCAAGUUUUUAUUUGGUACAUUUUCUAAUCAAGACAUUUGAUUGUGUGACUUUUAUUGGGUUUAUGAUGAUAAUAAUAAU